GCUGGGCGCAAGGCGGGAGGCGGCGGCCGCCGGGCUCAGUCCGACCGCGCAGCGGGUGGGAGGCGCGAGGCAGGAGCCGGCGGCUGGGCUCCGCAGCGCAGGCAGCGCAGCGCGGCGCCCGGGGCCUGGCCCCAUGCCCGCAGCCCCGCCGGACCGCCCUUGAGCGCGGGCGUUCAGCCCGCGCCCCCAGCCCGCCGGCACCAUUGCCCCGACGGCGCGGCCGGGCGGCCCGGCUCUACCCAGGCUCCGCGCGGGCCGGAAGACGCUGCUGGCGGCCGCCGCGGGCGUGGUGAUGCUGCUGGUGCUGGUGGUGCUCAUCCCCGUGCUGGUGAGCUCGGGAGGCCCGGACGGCCACUAUGAGAUGCUGGGCACCUGCCGCAUGGUGUGCGACCCCUACCCCGCGCGGGGCCCCGGCGCCGGCGCGCGGCCCGACGGCAGCGACGCCCUGAGUGAGCAGAGCGGCGCUCCUCCGCCCUCCACGCUGGUGCAGGGCCCCCAGGGGAAGCCGGGCCGCACAGGCAAGCCGGGUCCCCCCGGGCCUCCCGGGGACCCGGGUCCUCCGGGUCCGGUGGGGCCGCCGGGGGAAAAGGGUGAGCCAGGCAAGCCGGGUCCUCCUGGGCUGCCGGGCGCAGGGGGCAGCGGCGCCAUCAGCACGGCCACCUACACCACAGUGCCACGAGUGGCCUUCUACGCCGGCCUCAAGAACCCUCACGAGGGUUACGAGGUGCUCAAGUUUGACGACGUGGUCACCAACCUAGGCAACAACUACGAUGCGGCCAGCGGCAAGUUUACGUGCAACAUUCCCGGCACCUACUUUUUCACCUACCACGUCCUCAUGCGCGGCGGCGACGGUACCAGUAUGUGGGCGGACCUCUGCAAGAAUGGUCAGGUGCGGGCCAGCGCCAUUGCCCAGGAUGCAGACCAGAACUAUGACUACGCCAGCAACAGUGUGAUCCUGCACCUGGACGCGGGCGAUGAGGUCUUCAUCAAGCUCGAUGGAGGCAAAGCGCAUGGCGGCAACAGCAACAAAUACAGCACUUUCUCCGGCUUCAUCAUCUAUUCUGAUUGAGCCCCCAGAGUCCCUCUCCAUCUCUGCUCAUUCCUUGAGCUUCUCUCCUGGAAGGGGCAGACAAAACCCAUUCCCUACCUACCCUUAGCUGCCUGACCCAGGCUGCCUACCCUCCCCGGCUGUGACACCCCAGCCCGCCCUCACCACCGCCCAGGUCAUAGUUAGGCCCUCCCACAGCAGAGCCACAGAGUGCUCAGUUCUGUCCGCAGGAGGCAGAUUGACUGCAGGGCCUCAGCCUGCAAUAUACAUUUGCACAGUAGGACUGUUUACUGCCUUCCCUGGCCUGCCAGCCAGUCUCAGCCUGAGAGAGGAAGUUGGCAGAGUUGCUUCCUGUGCUGGGAUGAGCUUCCCUCCAACUCUGGGUUGACCCUGCCUGGGGGAGGGGCAGGUUGGGGGCUGGAUGGCUUCCCAGCACCCCUAAAGCCCCAGCCUGUCUGCACCCAGUCUGACCAAAGCUAUAAUAAAAACAUUUCCACCCCAUGGGGGUUUCAGUCUGUACCCUGGGGAGGGCUGCAGGAAAGCACCAUGGACCCUGGUCUGUUGGAAGCUUGUGGGGGGGGCAACCAGAUGCCAGAGUCAGAGCUGCUUCAGGAGGAGAGGGGUCAAAGGGCCUGAGGCCCACUGCAGCCCAUGUGCGCCUGGGUGGCUGAAAUGGGAAGCUGCCCAUACAUCAUCUUCUUCCAUGUCGGAUGAGUUCCAUUUUGCCUUUCUGAUAGUAGCACCAGCAUUCCCAAGACACAGGCAAUCCUUAAACUGGGAGACCUAGGUUCUGUUUCCUGUGACACUGUAUGAUCCUGGUCCAGUCACUCUUCUCAGACUCAGUUCUGGGUUAGUGACAGCCAUGGUUAAGGAACAAGCUUCACACUAAAGACUGGUUGACCUUGGGCCUCAGUUUUCUCAUCAGUAAAGUGUAGGUAAGGAGACCUAUUUCACCUAAUUGAGGAUUGAAGAGGUAUAAUUUAUGUGCUUAAUAAACAACUCUUAUUAUUUAUACAUCACUUUAACAUUUGCAAAAUGCUUUUAUGUAUGUCAUUUCACUCAAGUUUCCCAAAUGGCCAGAAGGUUGAAUGGGUAGUUUUUCUUCCACGGAAGUUAAAGCACUUGCUUAAUGCGAUAUAGUUGCUAAGUUCUGUAAUGGACCUGAAUCCAAGACUCGUUAAAUCUCCAUGUCCUACCACUGCCUCCCUCACCUUUUGUAACUAGGGGCUCAUGACAGUCACAUGAUUAGGGCAUUCCUAAAUAAUUAGGUUUACUAUUUACAGAGCACCCACUACGUGUCAGACACUAUGAAAGCACUUUGUAUUUUUUUUCUCCAUAGAUAUGUAGCGGGUGGGGGGAGCAGAUUUAUGGAGAUUUAUGGGAAAUUUUUGUUGUUGUUGUUGUUUGUAGUGCUGGAGAUUGAACCCAGGGCCUUGUGCUUUCGAGGCAAGCACUCUACCAACUGAGCUAUCUCCCCAGCCCAAGGGAAAUGUUUUUAUGCCCUUAACCAUGAUGCUAUUAUUUUAUUCAUUUUAAGAAUUUCUAUAUGCAUUUGUUUCUUUUUUUAGUUGUAGAUGGACACAAUACCUUUAUUUUAUUUAUUUACGUUUAUGUGGUGCUGAGGAUCAAACCAAGUGCCUCACCCAUGCUAGGUGAGUGCUCCAGCACUGAACCACAACUCACUUCUGUAUUGAGUGCCCCUUUAUGCAUUUAUUUUGAUGCAAGAGGUUUGCUUUCUUACCCAAGCUGGUCUCAAAUUCUUGGGCUCAAAUGAUCCUCCCUCAUAGCACAUCUCACUGCA